AUGAGGAACUUUAGUGCUGCACUCACAACGCAGGCACUGAACUACGAUUACAUCAUGAAGGAGUUCUCCAUUAAUGUCCCGUCCGAAGCGCUAAACAUCACCUUCACCCCUUCACCAAACUCGUCAAACACAUACGCGUUUGUGAAUGGGAUCGAAAUCGUGUCUCAUCCCGACAUCUACAGCACAGACGGGACAGCGAAUGUGGUGGGCCAGUCCACUGGUUUCAACAUCGACAAUAGCACGGCUCUCGAGAAUCUUUACCGGCUGAAUGUGGGUGGGAAUGAUAUUUCGCCCUCCGGCGACACGGGUCUUUUCCGGUCAUGGCGUGAUGACACGAACUACAUUUUCAGCGCGGCAAUUGGUGUCACGGAGGUUCCAGACCCGAACAUUACGGUUGCUUUUGCCCCUGGAUCACCGAACUACGUUGCCCCACUCGACGUGUACAGGACUCUGAGGUCUAUGGGACCUAACUCGUCUGUCAAUCAGAAUUACAAUCUCACCUGGAAUUUAAACAUCGAUUCGGGUUUUUCAUACCUCGUUAGGCUGCACUUCUGCGAGGUAACAGAUGUCAUCACGAGAGUGAACCAGAGGGUCUUUACCAUCUUCCUUAAUAAUCAGACUGCGGAGCAGGCAGCAGACGUGAUCGCUUGGGAAGGAGGUGAUGGAAAUAAUGGAAUUGCCAUUCACAGGGAUUACAUUGUGUUGGUCCCUACAGGGCCUCCCCAGCAGCUGCUCUGGCUCGAUUUGCAUCCUUACACAGCAUCAAGGCCACAAUACUACGACGCCAUUCUCAACGGGCUCGAAGUGUUUAAAAUAAACGACACCACCGGAAGCCUUGCCGGCCUGAAUCCGGAACCACUUCCUCCGACGCCGGACGAUGAAUCGCCUCCGGCCAACUCUGGAUCCGGUGGAAAUAAUAAUAAUACAGCCGCUAUUGCAGGUGGGGUUGGUGGCGGAAUAGCCGCUCUCCUCCUUCUCGGCUUAUGCGUGUGCCUCAUAUCCCGAAGCAGGAAGCAAAGAAAGGACUCCACCACGAGUGAUGGCUGGCUACCUUUGUCCCUGUACGGGAACUCACACUCGUCAGGCUCUGCCAAGACCAACACGACUGGGAGCUAUGCCUCGUCCCUCCCGUCAAACCUAUGCCGCCACUUCUCGAUCGCCGAUAUCAAAGCUGCCACGAACAACUUUGAUGAGGCCCUCCUGCUUGGAGUGGGGGGCUUUGGGAAGGUCUACCGUGGGGAGAUCGACAGUGGGACAAAAGUGGCUAUCAAGCGGGGGAACCCUCUAUCCGAGCAAGGCGUGCAUGAGUUUCAAACCGAGAUAGAAAUGCUCUCCAAGCUUCGACACCGCCACUUGGUCUCUUUAAUUGGAUACUGCGAGGAGAACUGUGAGAUGAUCCUUGUGUACGACUACAUGGCUUAUGGGACACUUCGUGAGCAUCUUUACAAGACUCAGAAGCCUCCUCUGCCGUGGAAGCAGCGCCUCGAGAUCUGCAUAGGCGCAGCUCGUGGCCUUCACUAUCUACACACCGGGGCAAAGCACACCAUAAUCCACCGUGAUGUUAAAACGACAAACAUCCUCCUUGAUGAGAAGUGGGUGGCUAAAGUCUCUGACUUUGGCCUCUCGAAAACUGGACCCUCCCUCGAUCACACCCACGUCAGCACUGUGGUGAAGGGCAGUUUUGGGUAUCUUGAUCCAGAGUACUUCAGGCGGCAGCAGCUGACUGAAAAGUCCGAUGUCUACUCCUACGGGGUCGUGCUUUUUGAGAUCAUCUGCGCCCGGCCGGCUCUCAACCCUACGCUCCCCAAGGAACAGGUCAGCUUGGCUGAGUGGGCACAGCACUGUUACAACAAGGGCAUUCUCGACCAGAUAAUCGAUCCUUAUCUAAAAGGGAAGAUUGCGCCUGAGUGCUUCAAGAAAUUCGCUGAGACAGCUGUCAAGUGUGUGUGUGAUGUGGGGACGGACAGGCCUUCGAUGGGGGAUGUGCUGUGGAACCUCGAGUUUGCACUGCAGCUUCAGGAGAGUGCGGAGGAAAGUGGGAAGGGCCUCGGAGGAGGGCUUGAUAUUGAGUCGUAUGAGAGUACGUGCAAGAAGGAUCCUGAUUCAUCAUUGGGGUUCGAUGGAAAUAUCACAGAUUCGAAAAGUAGCGGGCUGUCGAUGAGCAUUGGUGGGAGGAGCCUUGCAAGUGAGGACUCUGAUGGGUUAACCCCGAGUGCUGUCUUCUCUCAGAUCAUGAAUCCGAAAGGACGGUAG